CAUCACGUAUUCUGAAAUAAGUGACUCUCUCGAUAAUCUGGUCAUUCUGAAGAAAAGAUUCGAUGAUGCUGAAGAUUGUGAUAUUGUCGCUGUUUGCAUUUGCGCCUGUCUUGAUAGAAGGAUGUGGUAAUCGUCCCGCGGGAUCUCGUGUAGUUGCUGGCACUGAUGCUUUACCCAACUCAUGGCCCUGGCAAAUCUCCCUUCAACGAAAAUCCAGAUACGGCGGUUUUUUCCACACAUGCGGAGGAUCUCUUAUUACACCUGAACACGUAGUUACUGCUGCCCACUGUGUGUCUUCUGAAUCACGCGUCGGCCAAUAUCGAGUUGUCUUGGGAGAGCACGAUCGUAAAAAGCAAGAUGGUGAGAUAAGUGUGGCAGUUCACUCGAUACAAGCACACGAGGGAUUCAGCAUGAAACAUUUGAGAAAUGACAUCGCAGUGAUUCGUCUUGCGAGGCCUGUUGUGUUGAACGGCAAAAUAGGAACAGUUUGUCUGCCUCCAAAGGACUCUAGAGUUGUCGAAAACAAAAAAUGCUUUAUCACAGGCUGGGGUCGAACCAUUGGAGGAGGUAAGGCAGCAACAAUUCUCCAACAAGCUGAGCUUCCAGUUGCCUCACAUCAAAAAUGCGAUCAGGCAAACAGCAACUUGGUUCCUGUACACGARGAAUCUAUGUUGUGUGCUGGAUACGCUACGACAGGCAUCCAUGUCAGCGGUUGUCAAGGAGACAGUGGUGGACCCUUUGUUUGUGAGGAGGGUGGUAGGUGGGUGUUGAGAGGGGCGGUAAGCUGGGGGAACCCUAAGUGCCUGGCUGAGAAUACGUACACGGUGUUUGCACGAGUGAGUUCGUACAUUGACUGGAUAAACCAGAGAACUAGUUCAGGAGGUACUCUUCCACCUCUUCCUCCACCAACUAAUCCACCAGCUUGCAAAAACAAGUGGGGUGAUGCAACAUGUGACAUCUACAAAGCGAAUUGCAAUUUCAUUACGGUAAAGCUUGGGUGUCAGAAAAUGUGCAACUUUUGUAGAACCCAAGGAUAGAUUUAAGCAACAGGUUGCAUUAUAACUAUGGAUUAAAAUAAAAUAGUCACCAUGACUCA